AUGGACCAGGCGCAGGAUGGUGCUACUUCCAAUGGGAACAAUGUUUCGUUACCUGGGAUGGAGACAUUGUCGUCAACAUCCAUCCCAGCCCUACCCCCAGCAUUUCUGGGCACCCAGGACCCAGCCAACCUGGGGCUUCCUGAGCACCUGGCCUCUGUCACUGUCCCCAUCCGCCUAGACACCCUGUCCUACCUCCUGCACAGUGCUCUGCUCGGGACCUCCAGCCUCCAGCAGUCCUUACCGCCCUGCUCCUGCGCCUCUGACUCAUACCACACCCAGUCAGGCAUAGCCAGGAGGCCACCCAGGGGACGGGGACGAGGACGAGGGAGCUGGGAGGUUCGGCCCAGGCCUCCCUGGGGCCAGAGUCAGUCACCAUGGGGUGCUGGACGGGCCCAUCAGCUGGAGAAGGGCGUUGCGCGGGGUGGGGCUGGCUCCAAGACCCCGCCAGUGACUCCGCUGGCCCGUGAUGGGCAGAAAGAAGCUGGAGGAGAAGCACGUCCUCCAGCCCCACCAGCUGCUGCUGAAGACUGGGAGACUGACUACUAG